ACAUUUUCCUUGCGAUGCGCAUUAUGCACUUGCCCUCCGAAUUCCUCUGCGGUCUUACUCUCCAUAUAAGAGGCCAGUGAAGGGAUCGAUUUUGUUUUAGUUGGCCGCACAAGAGCGAGGAUAUUCAACUUUCUAGGGUUUUUGCUCUUCAAACCCAUCCUAAAUGACCAAGAGGACCAAGAAGGCUGGUAUUGUUGGGAAGUAUGGCACCCGAUAUGGUGCUAGUCUGCGGAAGCAGAUUAAGAAGAUGGAGGUCAGUCAGCACAGUAAGUUCUUCUGUGAAUUCUGUGGGAAGUAUGCAGUGAAGAGAAAGGCUGUGGGUAUCUGGGGAUGCAAAGACUGUGGCAAAGUGAAAGCUGGUGGUGCUUACACCUUGAAUACUGCAAGUGCGGUCACCGUCAGAAGCACCAUCCGCCGUCUUAGAGAGCAGACUGAGAGUUGAUUACGUCAAUGUUAUAUUGCGAUUGUUUUGGCAUAUGGAUCGUAUUGUAAUUUUGAAUGAAGAUGGCUUAAAUGGAUUUAUCGAUCAGAUAUUUAGUUUACUAGUUGAGAGCUUUUUGGAAA